CUCGCCCCGGCUGCGGGCGUCUCCGCUGCCCCGGCCGCCGCGGCUCCCGGAGCCCGCGCUGCCCGCCGGGCCGCCGGCUCCGGCUUCAGGAACAGCUCGGUGGUGCCACACCAGUUCAUGAUGUCGCUUUACCGGAACCUGGCCGGGAGGGCUCCGGCCGGGGCAGCCGCCGCCUCCACCGCGGGCUCUGGCCGCCACGGCCGCGCGGACACAAUCACCGGCUUCGCAGACCAGGCGAACCAAGACGAAUCGCCAGCCGAGACCGGCCAAAGCUUCCUGUUCGACGUAUCCAGCCUUCCCGACACCGACGAGGUGGUGGGAGCCGAGCUGCGCGUGCUGCGCCACGAGUCCCCGGAACUGGGCCCUGGCGGCGCGACUCCCCCGCGGCUGCUCCUGCUGUCUACGUGCCCCGGCGCCGCCCGAGCGCCGCGCUUGCUGCACUCGCGGGCCGCCGAGCCCCUGGCCGGGGAGCGCUGGGAGGUGUUCGACGUGGCAGACGCCGUGCGGCGCCACCGCCAGGAGCCGCGCGCCACCCGUGCGUUCUGCCUCCUGCUGCGCUCAGUGGCGGGUCCCUCGCAGGGCCCGCUGGCACUGCGGCUGCUGGGCUUCGGCUCCCGGGGCAGGGGCCGCGCGGCCGCGGAAGAGAGCGCUCUGCUCGUCGUUUCCUCCCGCACGCAGAGGAAGGGGAGCCUAUUCCGCGAGAUCCGCGCCCAGGCCCGCGCGCUCGGGGCCGCGCUGGCGGCCGAGCCGCCGCCCGGC